AUGGCCAACUCAGAUGGCGAUAGUCAUGAUGAGCACGCAGUCCGAAAACGAGUGGGCAUUUCCGAGGUUCCGGACACACGCCUGUCGGCUGAGAGUGUGUUGAUCUUCAAAGAGCAGCUGGAGCAGGUGCAGAGCCGCUGUGCAGAGCUUCAGCACGAGAUCUCCUGCCUUGCUGACAGACAUUCGGAGGAGCUCGAGGUGGAGGUUUCGCGCAGGUUGGAGCAUGAGCUGGCUAAACUCAGAUCCAUCAAGAAGAAGCGGAAGGGCAAGAAGCCGAAGCCUUCGGACAACAGCGCUGCGGCAGAGGAAGUCCCCGGCAUGUCCCAGAACGACCUCGAGACACCGGCAUACGAGCCGGAAGUUUGGAGAUCCACCACUCAGGGGCUGGGAGCCCUCUACUCACGGAAGUCCACCAUGGCCGUGGUGUCCACUGAAACUCGGAGAACCGCAGCGACUGCAAGUUCCCUGCGAGAAAAGAGUCGUGCCAUGACAAGCGGGGACGAGGAUGCAGUCAUGGCGGUCCUUACUGCUCACCAACACAACGGGGGCGGCCUGGAGCGACGAAUGGAGGUGGCAAAGGCGAAACUGGAAAGCUUCAAGGAGUCUUCCACUCUCAGAAAGAUCGAGGAAUUCCUCAAGGUGGCCUUGGGAAGGACAUCGAAAGAGGAGGAUAGCCCUGAGAAGAAUCGAAACGGCUCAGCUUUCGAAGUGCGCUGGCUCCUAUUUGAAGCUGUCGCUGCUUUCAUGAUCUUUGCCAACUCGGUUUUGCUGGGCUGGGAGGUCCAGUUCAUGUCCAGCAACCUGCAAAUCUCAACGCUCUUAACGACAUUCAGCAUUGUCUUUGCGCUUUGGUUCAUUCUGGAAGUAUUGGUGCGGCUUCGCGUCGUUGGUGCUGGCCCCUUCUUCUGUAACGACGAUCACCUCUGGAACAUCUGUGACUUGUGCUUGGUUGGCGUCAGCAUCGUGGAACUGGUAUUGCUCUUCGCAGGAAAUGCCAAGACGCCUUUUUCCACGAUCAAGGCUGUGAAGAUACUGCGUGUCGUCCGGCUGUUUCGAGUGUUCCGCUUCUUCCGCCAGCUCUCUACACUUGCGCUGAUGGUUGCCGACUCUGUGAAGCAACUGCUGUGGGCCUUGGUCAUGUUCCUUUUGAUCAUGUAUGUCUUUGCGAUCACCCUGACCAGCUCCUGCACUGACUGGCUGAAGGAGGAGGUCGACUACAAUUUGCCAGACUGGGAACAGAGAAUCAUGGCCGGUACUCAUGGUGAAGGCAUCAAGCACGUGCACCACUUCUUCGGCAAUGUUCCCCGAAGUGUCUACACAUUAUUUCAGACGACACUGGGCGGAAUCAGCUGGCACGAAGUGACCGAUGCCUUGGCACAGGUCGACGUGCUAUCCUUCUGCUUGAUGUUUGCGUACAUCAUUUUCACGAUCCUGGCUUUGAUGAACGUGUUCACAGGUGUCUUUGUUGACAACGCCGUGCAGAAUUCCAAGAAGCAACGCAAGAUUCAAAUCGAAGAGACGAUUGACAGGAAGCGCACCAGCUUGGAUCAAAUCAUUGAGUUUUUCGUUGCGACUGACAUGAAUGGUGACGGGGCCAUAAGCCUCGACGAGAUACAGUGCCUGUUGCAGGAUCCCGUAAUGAGCGCCUACUUCGACAUGAUCGGGUUCCGGCCAGGCGAUGCCUCGCUGCUUGCAGAGCUCCUCGAUCGAGAUGGCUCUGGAGACAUCUCGCUUCAGGAAUUUAUCGCUGGAUGCGAGCGGAUGAAGGGGGAGGCAAAAGGCAUCGACGUGCACAUGUUGCUUCUAGAAUGCUCAGUUUUGAACGAAAAGCUCGAUGUGCUGCAUGAGAAUCUGACCGGGCAACGCUUUUCUGGUGUGCGGGGUGGAUCGGUUUUCGAGCUCAAGAAGAGAUCGUUUUGCUCAUAG